AUGGCGCCGACGACAUUGCAACACCGUCGCACCCACAAUCUGCUAUUGAUUUCGAAACUUUUAUCUCAACGCGAGAAUGUGUCGCCAUUCACUCUGAUUGUGGAUAAUUUGGAGCAAUCUGGAAAACCUGUGUUGAGAGAAUAUGUCCGCCGGGCUACGGCAGCAAAGACCGAAGUUAUCUUCGUAUCGUUCGAGACGUUGAAGAAACCGAAAGAUGUUGGUGUUUUUGUCAAGGCUUGGGAGAGUGGUGUGCAGCAGGCUCAGAAGGAGGUUGGCGCAUUAAUCGCGAAGGCGACACAGACACAGCAGCGCAAGCUUCUGAUCAUCGACAACCUCAAUACACUGGCUUCGGAUCCAUCAACAGCAGCGAACCUUCCAGCACUUCUAUCUUCCUUUCUAUCACCUACAGUAUCACUGGUAGCAGUGUACCACGCUGAUAUUCCGACUCCACCAAGCAUAACUUCAGCAUCACCAUACACACCUCAGCCGCUUACAGUACUCAAGUACCUAGCGACCACAAUUCUAACCACACACGCACUUAACCACAUCCUCACAGCAAAGGCAGCACGCGAACGCAGUGUCGCUGAGCCCGUCUUCGGCCUAGCCGAAGAGACCGAAGGUAUACUGCUUGGUCUCGGCGGUAACUCACCCUCAGGCUUAGUCCUCGAGAUGGAGUACCGCCGUAAGUCCGGCCGUGGUGUACGAGAGUGGUACUUCCUGCCUCACCCAUCACUGCAGAAGCACGAAGCUGUCGGUGUGAGGAAUAGAUUCAAGGAGACUGUUAUGCUUCUGGAGGAUCAUGUGCUAUAUCGCAGGCCUGCUGAAGAGAAGGAGCAGGCCGGAGAUGACAUGGACGUCACGUUCGAACUGGGGCUUACAGACAGGCAAAGGCAGGCCAGAGAGGGUGUUGUUCUGCCGUACUUUGAUGCGCAGAAGGGUGGUGGCGAGGGCGGUAGGAUUCUAUAUGAUAUGGGCGAGGAGGAUGACUUUGAUGAGGAAGAAGAUGAGAUUUGA